CCAGACACACAUGUUUUUCAUCGAUGCUUUUCUUCAAAAUAAUCGCCUCGAUCACAUAACUCAGGAGAUGGGUUAUCACCCGACUUACUUGGAUAUCUUCCUUAGGACUCAACAUUUUAUUUUAAGAGGAGAUGGUCCACUUCCUUUUGACUAUAGGCAUUUUAUAGCAAUUAUGGCUGCAGGUCGACACCAGUGUAGUUACCUGAUAAAUCACCAAAAACAGGAGUUCCUUCUCCAGGGUGGCGACCAAAACUGGCUAAGAGGCCUGACUCAUAUUCCUCAGAAACUUAGAGACCUUUAUGAAAUAAAUAAAAUAUUAGCCCACAGGCCGUGGUUAUUGAAUAAAACUCACAUACAGAAAUUAACGAAAGGAUCAGACAGUUGGUCAUUAGCAGAAGUGGUCCACGCAAUAGUGCUACUUGCUCAUUUCCAUUCUCUAUCGAGUUUCGUUUUUGGAUGCGGAGUAAACGAGGCAGUUGAAGAGAAAGGAGAACCAAAGAACGUGUCUCCUACUAAACAGACCACUGGAAACGGUAAACCAGGUCCUAAUGGCUGGUCUGAAGUUGGAGUAGAAACACUUAUGGAGAGAAUGAAAUCCCUUUCCGAAAGGAGUGAAGAACCUAGUGAGAGCGAAAGAGCAAAAAGAUUUGAGAGAGUAGAAGUACAAGGAGUUGAACUUUCAUCUAAUGAAACAACGCCUCUUAAACCAAGUAUAGGUCAGUUCGUAGAAGACCCAUCGUUCAUCUAUGAAGACUUCGCAAGACGUGACGAGACGUCAGAUAUUCCUACCUUCAGAGUUCAGGAUUAUUCUUGGGAUGAUCAUGGAUAUUCUCUAGUCAAUCGCCUAUAUAGCGAUGUUGGAAAUUUACUCGACGAAAAAUUUAAAACUGCAUACAAUUUAACAUAUUACACAAUGGGCGGAAGAAAAGAUGUGGAUACGUCUAGGUUUAGAAGAGCCAUUUGGAAUUAUAUUCAAUGCAUGUAUGGAAUAAGGCAUGAUGAUUAUGAUUACGGUGAGGUGAAUCAGCUGCUCGAGCGUUCGCUAAAGGCAUUUAUUAAAUCAGUCUGCUGCUUCCCAGAGAGGGUAACGAAGGUGGACUAUGACAGAGUUCUAAGAGAGUUCAAACAUAGUGAAAAGGUGCAUGUGAAUAUAAUGGUCCUGGAAGCUAGGAUGCAAGCUGAGCUGCUUUACGCUCUCAGAGCUGUGAUGCGUUAUAUGACAUAA